UUAAUCCCCUAACUUCUGUUUUCUCUUGGUGCCUUUGCUUGCUUUGUGCAUUUUUUCUGACAUAAAUGACUAAACACCAGAUCGCAACUGUUAGAUGUUGACACUACCACGUUCUUUAUGAAAAGUGGGUUUGUUUUUAUUUCCUAGAGUUUCGUGAUUUUCUUUGAGUAAUUGUGGUUGAUGGGCAAAACGAGAAAAAAAAGUUGCUAACAAGCACCGACUAAAGUCCGCUAGAUCCUCUAACCUAGUGAUGCAAAACUUUAACCAAGUCACUUGAGAUAAACAAAAAAGCACUUUUUUACUUAAGGCUUGCUAAAUGGAUCAGGUUUAUUUAUCUCCUGCUCGUUGCAUGUUUUUUAAAUGUUUUAUUAUUUAGGAAUUGAACCACAUGGGGAAGGUAGCCAUUUUGAGCCUCUGUGAUUCCAGAUGCAUUUGCUGGGGGAGGGGCAGAAAAGACUGCGCACACUACGCAGUAAUUUUGGAGUGCAGUCUCUGGUCUGUUUUGCUGAUAUUUUUCUACUCAAUUCCAAUUUAAAAGGUCCAUGAACAGAUUUUUUUGGACUUCGUUAAUAAGUAACUCAUACCAACAAUGUACCCUCUACCUAUCUUUCAUUGAAGUAUCAGGCAUAAACAAAACGAACAAAGUUCCUUCCACUGAACAUGCUUAACUUGUCAGUUACCUAGAAGUGGAGUCCUAAAACGAAACCUGGCUGUGUGUUGGAUUAGGUGUGUUAACUGUUGUAGACCUAGCUACAACAGUAGCUCUGUCAUAACAGUGUGCUCUGACAAUUGAAAAACCACAGUCCAGUACAGUUGGGAAUAGUGUAAGAGACCACAUAGGUAAAUCUAAUGUUCUGAUCUAGGAUUCUGUUUUGUCAUAUUUUCCUUCAAGAUUUCUGUACAACUUUCUACAGAUACACUGUGCUUGGUGCUGGUAGGCGGGGCUUGUUAAAAGGAUCUACUCAGUCUGUGCUCAGUAUGCUUCUCUCACAGCAGCGCUGGUGGCCAUUUUAUGUUUCUGCAGUAGCAGAAAGGGGGAUGGGCAGAGAACGAACAUUGUUUUAUUUUGCAGUAGAAGAAUGAGUGAGGUGGGGGGUAGAAUUUACACACAAGUAAUUUACUCUAAACAGGACUUUUGGAGGAGACAGGUUGUGUUUUAAUUGGAGUCAAUUUACAUGUCUGAGCUACUGUCCCCUCUGUUUCCAUUAGCAUGGUCAAAAAUGAAAGUCAGACGUUUUUAUUUAUCAGAAUCCUGAUUCAAAUUGCCAUGAAGUAGGUAACAAAGCAGUAAGUAGUUAUUAUUUAGGAUUAUAAUAGAUGUCCUUUGUUUUUUCUGAUUCAGAAACACCCCCACUUGCAAUGGUUUAGUCUUCCUGAUAACACCCCGUUAAGGGAGAGGCUGGGUGGAUCAAGGCUGCUUCAUGUGUCGACAGCUCCAAUUCUUUGCUUCGUACAGCUAGCAUAGAACCGUUGCAACACAUUUUUCCUUUCUGCUUGUACACACAAAACACGAGAAACUUAAAUGAUAAGAGUUUUUGAAAGACAUGGCUUCCCUUAUUUAAGUUACUUAAGUUAUUUUAGUUUGUUAUUUAAACAAUAUUCUGUGCUUCAUGAAAAAAAACCCCAAAUCUGUUCAAGUAACUAGCCAAAAAAAUACUUGAAUAUCUGUCCUUCUAAUGACUUUGGUUAUGCAAUGUACCGCAUAAACCUUCUGUGCUACAAUGGUUCAGUCCAUACUUUACUAGGAGAGGUUGUUCCGGAGGUUGAAAGAGAUCAAGUGUGUGUGUGUGUGUGUGAGUGCGCUCAGCAGAGAGAAGGAGAGCCAGACUCUGAGGCAGGAAGGUGGGGGAGGGUGUGUGCAGCAGACUCUGAGCUUGAUUGCGCUGUGGGUGUGCACUUUAGCGUUAGAUGAGCACUGCUAGCUAGGUCUUGGCUAUAGGGGAGUUUGUGCAGCUUUGUGCCUUUACACUACCUCCUAGCUUGCUUUUGGCCAUUAGAAAUGUGCCAAUAAUCAUUUCCCUAAUAGAGAAAUGCCACAAACCUACAAUUGAACUGAAAUGCAAUUUCAAACUUGCCUUCAUUCAUAACUGUUUUUGUGGCUGGAUGUUGGGGAGGGAGUAAGUUUGAUCACUGUGCAGGUAGAAUUUUGUACCCCAGCAAAACCAAAGCCAGUUGCAGGUAAAUUCAGGGUAUACUCUAGACAGGUCACCUGCACGUUACCAAGUCACAUUUGGAGACAGAACUGUUCACACUUAUUUGGGUCAUAAACCUUACUUAUUUCCACUUGUGUUUGGGGGAGGAAAUCAAAGUAAGGGUAAGGGGAAACCCAUGCACACAUGGAAGUUCCACAAAGAAAGUCUCUCUAUGUAAUAUGUAUUUCUAUCGUAAUAAGCCCAACAACAAACAUUUUUAUAGUUGGUCUCAAUGUUAGUCUUAAUGUAACCAUCUAACCACCAGCUUACCUACCCCUAUCUGGAGGGGUCAGUCAGCUCUUGUGAAACGACAGUAGUACAUUACAGAUAUCAUACACAGAUUAAAGGUAGAGAAUUAUUAUUUUGUCACCAAGCCCAAAGAUCACCAUAACCUAACAUCCUUUCCUUUUGUCUUGUUAUCAUAAUAAUAAAACAACUUCAGGACUACAAACUUGCUCACAGUAAUGUGAGGAAAAAACAUAAACAGGCAGAUGAGGAACAUCACUCUAUUGAUACGCUUGCUUUACAGUGUUAUCCUUAACCAUUUUAAAUCUGAUAAGCUUUUCCUGUAGUAUCAUUUGGAAAGGACAACCCCCCUCUACUUUUUACAAAAUGGUUUCAUCCAAGUCUGCUGUAGCUUUCCAUACUGUGGACAAGACUGUGCUAGUUCACAGUGGGGGAUGGGAGUUGCUAGGCAACCCCUACUUUGUACUUCCCUCAGUGCGCUACUAGCAAGAAUUGGUUAUGAUGGGAAACAAAUAGUACAGUAAAAUCUUAUAUAGCAAAUGAAAUGCACUAUAGUAGUGUAUAUAAAAGAACAAUAAAAGGCUAUGUCAAAAUUAAAGAAAUACAUCAGACACUCUAAAACUGCCAGCAGACUGGAAAAAGGUUUCCUUGUCGACCACAGCACACUACUUUCUCGGGAAAUGUGUUUUAGUGUUUUAAGGGUUCUGGCAUUUAUUUAUUAUGUGCUCAGAUAAACCACAGUCUUAGUAGAACAUACCUUCGUGAGGAAAAAAAUGGACUAGCCCUUACUGAGCUCCUCCUCCUUUCUUUUAUGUUCUCUGUUGGUCUUUCAGCUGCUCAUGGCUGCCACAAUCAACAAAUACAUGGAAGGCCGCAAACCUAGACAUCCAGCAAAAGGUUGUUGAAGGACUUUUGUAAAUCCUAUGACCAGGUUCUUUUCAGCUUAAAGGUAGCAAUGGAGGUUGUUGUGACGGAAGAGAAAAAGAAAAUAUUUCGUGCCAGAAAGACAAUGAAGAUAAGUGAUCGACAGCAACUUGAGGGUCUUCAUACUACUUUGUCGACAGCAUCUUCAGGUUUGUCCAACCCAUCUCCACCACCUUUAAUGAAUGGGACUCACAAAGACGAUGGACCAAUUACGGGUGAAAAGGAGCAAACAAACGCCUUAGAGUCAAACUCUCCCAAUGCCGCAUCACCAGACUCUCCUGCUCCUUUCUUAUCCUUGAGUCUUUCACCCUCCCCUUCCUCUUCACAAAGUCCCAAAGCAAAGGAAGAAAAUCCUGCAACACCAACUUCACCAUUCCAUUCCAUAAACUUUGAAAUGAAAACGAUUACAGAGGAGGAAAAGGAUAAGAAUGGCCCUACAUCUCCUUCAUUAAAUGACCCUGUUUCAUCAACACCAACAGACUCUGAGGAAAGCAAGGAAAAAGACAAGGUUAUAGAGGUGGAUAAGAAAGAGGAGCAGAAGAAAACAACACCAAAAACAAAAGACGUAGUUGCUGAUUCUACAAAGGAGCCUGUUAAAGCUUCGGCUUCCAGUUCAGCUCAACCACCUCCAAUAUCUGACCGUGCAGAACCUGUGGAUACGCUUAAUGACACUACAGAGACCAUGGACCAAGAAACUUCCACAGACACAGGAAAACUUGAAAAGCUGUCUGUUAAAUCCGAGUGCUCUCCCAUGUCUUCUGAUGGAGCUCUUAAACAGGAAGUUAAGGUAAACAUCAAGAACGACAAAGAUGGAGAUGUGAAAACACCGGUCCGUGAGGUAAUGAUGGAAGAAAAAACCAAAGAGGAAGAAAUGGAGGUUGAAACUACCAGAAAACCAUCUCGCCCCUCGUCCACCCCACCAUCAUGUACAGUUGCAGAGGAGACGUGCUCAACCUCGGGGCUGAAACGCACUUUAUCCGAGGAAACCAAAUUGGAUAGAAAUUCUGUGAAAAGAGAAGGAAAAAGGCCCAAGAUGGAGUUUGAGGCACAACUAGAACUUAAAUUUAGCACCAAAGCUGGUAGUCACCAGAAACUUGAAAAGAUUGUACAACAGCUUGUGGAAAAACAUUUGAAGGUCCUGGAACUAACAAUAUUUGAGAAAGAUUUUCAAGAACUCAAGGAGAGAGUGGAUAAGAUUGAAUGUGCCAGCAAACACCAAACUGCCAUCAACUCACUCCAAGCCAAAAUUGCAAGACUAUCUAAAAAGUUUGGUGAGGCCAAUCAGGCAACAGAGAACAAAAAGAAACAGGAGGCACUCGCUGCUGCUGCAAAUGCUGCUGUUUCUACUGCCAAGAUGGCACCUGGGGCAAAUGCACAACCUCAAGGGUCAUCUCGGACUGCAGUGGUGGUUAAGCAAACUCCAACUACAGCUUCUUCCUCCAUUACAGCUGCAAAUCCAGUCUCUGUCCCAGCUACUGCCCUAACGUCCACCUCUACAGCCCUGGUUCCACAGACCCCGCUCCUUCAUCUGAUUAACACCACCUCCAAUGCUGCUUCUAACAACGCCACUGGUAUCACAACACAGAGUCCCACAGGUACCCUCGUCCUGAAGACAGCCCCUGGAAGCAGUAUGAUGGCUACCGCCCAGCCGUUGCUCAUCCAGCUGCCUCUAUCAGUGGCAAACGGUCAAGCAGGAACUCUGGUCAACAUCCCUGUCUCUUUGUCUGCUGCUGCGUCGCUUAACAAGGCCAAAACCACAGCAUCCACAGCUACAUUUAUACUGAAGACUGCUACCACCACUACCACCGUACCAGCUAUUCCAGCUGCUGCUUCUGUUCCAGCACUCCAGGCUUCCUCUGCCCAGAUGUCCUCUGGCCAGAUAUCUCUUGCCCGGGCAGUAUACCAGGGUGGUACAGGGGGCAUAAGUACACCCAGUGCUGGGGUAUCUGUUACAACUGCCAAGACCCCUGCUCAGUCUGUAUCUGUUGCUGGAGCUGUGUCAUCAACAUCCUCCCCGACAACGUCAGGACCAGCAGCUACAGGCUCCACUGCUCCUGGACCUCCUCAAGGGACAUCUCUGACAACAAAGACAGAUAACCAAGCUACUGGUACCACUUCAUCCAAGCCGGCUGCCGCACGUCCCAAGGGCUCCGUUAUCGAUCUCACUGAGGAUGAUGAUGAUGUGCAGGUGACAGGAGUGAAAAGUGCCAGUGUUGCGGUUCCCUCACCGACCCAACGUGCUCCUCUAGUUGUUGGAACUCUCAACAGUGCAGGAGCAAGAUCUUCCCCACAAAGUAGUUUUACGAGCAACCCUCAGUUGACAGUCCACCACCGCCCCCCACUGGAUACUCCAUUGAAAGCCCGCACUGUAACCAGCACUACACCAUCCCGGGGAUCCACCGUGACUCUUCCCCCUCUUCCUGUGGUGCCUGCACCUCCACGUUUACCCGCCGAGGCUGAGAGGACCUCCCCUCCUCAGCAACCACAGCUGAAAUUGGUGCCAGGUCAGAAUGGGAUAGUUCUGUCCUGGUGUGUGGCAGAGACUGAUCGCACUUGCGCAACUGUAGACAGCUACCACUUGUAUGCCUAUCAUCAAGACAACUCCAACACCAAUGUGGGUCAACAGCAUUGGAAGAAGAUUGGUGAGGUGAAGGCCCUUCCUCUGCCUAUGGCCUGUACACUGACACAGUUCCAGUCUGGUUCCACGUAUCAUUUUGCCGUCAGAGCCAAAGACAUCUACGGACGCUUUGGCCCCUUCUGUGAACCACAGUGCACAAAUGUCAUUAAUUCCAACUCAAACUAAACAACCUAGAGAAGAAACUGUUGAUGCUCAUGUGACUGUUCAUGGCUUUCUUUGCCUUUUAUUCUGCGUUAAACACAUAUACAGAGUAUGUUAAUAUUACUUCAAUAGCAGCUGGAAUUUCAACAGAUUUUGGUAAUUGAAAGCAGCAAACGGUUGGUUGAUGUCUGGUUAAUGUAUGUAUUGUAUUUUUUGUGACUUGACCUGUUGUAUAUGGUGGAAAUAUUUUGCGACUCGACCAGGUCAUAUAUUUAUGUUAACUCCUGUUACUGACCCGGAUGGCCUUUGUUUUACACGAGAUGACAGGGUUAUCAGUGUAUACUCAGACCUUGCACAAAAGUGUCUCAAUGUGUUAGGAACAGAAUGAUAACUUUUGUAAAAUUUUGUCUGGCAACCAGACUUUGAACACAAUAAAAAGUUUUAUUAUA